AUGACUGAUCGGGACGUGAAUUUGGAGUCUAUUAUAAAUAGGCUGCUUAAAGUGAGAGGUACUCGACCGGAUCAAUAUGUCCAACUCCAGGAAUCGGAGAUUCGUUAUCUGUGUCACAAAGCGCGAGAAUUAUUGGUCUCACAACCUAUAUUACUAGAACUUGAGGCACCCAUAAAGAUAUGUGGCGAUGUCCAUGGCCAGUACUACGAUCUCCUGCGCCUGUUUGAGUAUGGUGGCUACCCGCCAGAGGCUAACUAUCUGUUUCUUGGUGAUUACGUCGAUCGUGGCAAACAAUCUGUUGAGUGCAUCUGCCUUUUGUUAGCCUACAAGAUCAAGUACCCUGAAAACUUCUUUAUUCUACGCGGGAAUCACGAGUGUGCUUCAAUUAACCGAAUCUAUGGCUUCUACGAUGAGUGCAAGCGCAGAUAUAGUGUCAAGCUAUGGAAGACGUUCAUCGAUUGCUUCAAUUGUUUACCAAUCGCUGCUAUUGUCGAAGAGAAGAUAUUUUGUAUGCAUGGAGGGCUUAGUCCUGAUCUAAAUUCAAUGGAGCAAAUCCGUCGGAUCAUGCGUCCCACAGAUAUACCCGACUGCGGUCUGUUGUGUGACCUUCUAUGGGCAGAUCCAGAUAGGGAUAUCAAUGGCUGGGGUGAGAAUGACCGUGGUGUCUCGUUCACAUUCGGCUCGGACGUCGUCAAUCGUUUCGUUCAGAAACAUGAUAUAGACCUUAUUUGCCGCGCCCACCAGUGUGUGGAAGAUGGGUAUGAAUUCUUCGCCAACCGACAACUAUUGACGCUAUUCAGUGCACCGAACUACUGUGGCGAGUUUGACAAUGCAGAUAUUGAAACCAGCUAA